GCCGUGACGCCGUUGUUUAUAUAACAGGGAGGGACCGUCCGCGAGUUGUUUUGUUGUUGUGAAGACGCGCAGAAACAUGAUGUGGAAGGUCGUCUUUCCUUUUCUUGCGGCGCUUUUGGCCGUCGGGGCAGGUGGCCUGACGGGGGGCUUCCAGGAUGUAGACGUAAACGACGAAGGGGCGCAGAAUGCGUUGAACUUCGCCGUCGUCCAAUACAACAGGGGCAGCAACGAUGUGUUCCUCAGCCAAGUGGCGGAAGUGGUGAAGGUUCAGAGACAGGUGGUCUCCGGCAUGAAGUACAUCAUAACUGCGAAAAUGGCGAAGACACAAUGCAGAAAGAGCGAAGUGAGUGCCAUCCAAGUGUGUGCCAUCCACCAAGACCCGGAACAGGCUCAGCCUUUCCACUGCACAUUCACAGUGUGGAGCCGCUCAUGGCUCGAUGACAUCAGGCUGCUGAAACAGGAGUGCUAGAAAGAAAAAACCUACGUGGGAUCUUCAGUGUUUGCACUGUUUGCAGAAUAACCUUAAUAACUUUUAGGAGCGAUUUGAUUAAUGCACUCUAUAAAACAAGCAAAUAACAAAUGUGUACUGAACUGUUGAUUAGCAUAUUAAAAACCAUACGCUGUUUCUAAAUGAAAUUAGAAUUAAAGUAGCAUGUGAACUUU